UUGGCCCUGUCACUCCUCUUAUCUCCGGCGCCUUUCGCUGCUUCUCCCUUCCCGUUCCAUCCAUCCACAGUUCCUGUGGGAACCCAGGGAUCGACCUUGACGGAGACGUUGCGAGGCGUCAAUCACCGAUCAGGACAGCACGACGCUAAAUGCGCUUGUUUCCGUGAGCUGAGCUCUCCCGGCUUGGUGCUCUGCUAGGUAUCAACAAUCGAGCAAGAAGCUAGCCGAGCCAUGGCGCUCAAGGCGGUGUACCUGUACGCCGCCGUCGUGGCGCUGCUGCUCUGCUCCUCCGCGAACUUCAUCCAGAGCCCGAGCGACGUGCUGGGCCCCGUGGCGCUCCUGGAGCCCACGCCGUCCGCGGCGCGCGACUUCGGCGCCAUGGUCUCCAAGGCGCCCGUCGCGGUGAUGCGGCCCGGGUCCGCCGCCGACAUCGCGCGGCUCCUGGGCGCGCUGUCCUCGGCGCCGCCGGGCACCCCCGCCGUGGCGGCGCGCGGCGCGGGGCACUCGCUCCACGGCCAGGCGCAGGCGCGCGGCGGCAUUGUGGUGGAGACGCGCGCCCUCCCGCGCGCCGUGGAGGUGGUGGCGCGGCGCGGCGACGGGGACGGCGGCGCGUACGCGGACGUGGGCGCCGGCGCGCUGUGGGUGGAGGUGCUGGAGGAGUGCCUCAGGGCCGGGCUCGCGCCGCGGUCGUGGACGGACUACCUGCACCUCACCGUGGGCGGCACGCUGUCCAACGGCGGCAUCAGCGGGCAGGCGUUCAAGCACGGCCCGCAGAUCAGCAACGUCCUGGAGCUCGAGGUCGUCACAGGCACAGGCGAGGUGGUGACAUGCUCACCCACCCGGAGCCCGGAGCUUUUCUUCGCCGUCCUUGGUGGCCUCGGCCAGUUCGGCAUCAUAACCAGGGCAAGGAUUCCGCUGCAAGCUGCUCCUCCCAAGGUGAGAUGGGUGAGGGCCUUCUACGACAGCUUCGAGACCUUCACCCGGGACCAGGAGCUCCUGGUCUCAAUGCCGGAGCUGGUGGACUACGUGGAGGGGUUCAUGGUCCUGAACGAGCACUCCCUCCGCAGCUCCUCCGUCGCCUUCCCCGCCGAGGUCAACUUCGCCCCGGACUUCGGCUCCGACGGCGGCGGCGGCGGCGGCGGAGGAAAGAAGAAGGUCUACUACUGCGUCGAGUUCGCCGUGCACGACUUCCAGCGGCAGGACUCCGCCGCCGACCAUGUCGUGGAGCUGGUCUCCGGGAAGCUGAGCUUUCUGAGGCCCCACGCGUACAGCGUGGAGGUGGCCUACUUCGACUUCCUCAACAGGGUGAGGAUGGAGGAGGAGAGCCUCAGGAGCCGGGGCCUCUGGGACGUGCCGCACCCGUGGCUCAACGUGUUCGUGCCCAGGCACGGCGCCGCGGGGUUCAAGGACCUGCUCAUGGACACCGUCAUCGCGCGGGGGGACUUCGAGGGGCCCGUCCUCAUCUACCCGCUCCUCACUGACAGUGUGAGAAAGACAAACACAAGGGGGCAGCAGGAGGGAGGUGGAGGUUCCAUGAGAUGAGCGGACGUGCCUUUCGCAAGUUGCAGCGCUCGAUUGCCGCAGCUGGUGUGGCGUAAACAGAGCACUGAGCGCAGCACAGCAGUUCCCUUUUUUUCCCCAAAAAAAAUGUUACCAGUCGCUUGGGCUUGUAGUACUGAACUUUUGCGAGGCAAGUCCCGACUCGCGUGGGUAUUCAGUGCAGUGCAGUCCCGACUCGCGUGAGUAGCAGCGACAGUGUCCGGUAUGGCGCAUUGGCCAUUGGUGGCCCCUGGCCCCCUUCCUUCUCCCCCGGUCAUGGUCAUUGGUCAAGCACUCCCUCAUUGUCAGGCCUCCGGCUCAUAGAAUUUUUAAGUCCAUGAACAGUGUCAAAUAGAAUUUUUAGUCGAUAAACAGUGUUAAAAACGACAGCUCAUAGUAUUUUUUAGUCAAUGAACAGUGCCAAAAGUUUACAAGAGGAUGGCGUGUGGAGUCAGAUAUGCAGACUAGCUACUGUAGCACGGUAGCUAAGAGGAAUGCUGUGGUAUCCAUGGUGUUGUUUCUUCUAUUAUUUCCUCAGUUUCUUUUUCGAGAACUUGCAAGCAUUUUGUUAAGAAGUAUUUCUUCAGUUUCUGAAAUCAUGGUUCUUUCAAUUUUUUUUCCUUGUUCGGAGCAUGUGUUUAGGGCACCAGCAAUGGGGUAAAAAAAGUAGUAAGCAAUAAAUGCACCCCUAUUAUUUGGUAGCAAACAUUGUGAAAGCAGGCAAUAACUAAUAUCCGGUAGUAGCCCUAUGACCUGGUAGUAUUCACUAUGUUUGUUGUAUUCAGUCAACAGUAUUUUUCUCUAACACCAAAACAACACCAGCCAGCAGCCAACAGCAAGCCAGCAGUACUUUUCUCUCACAAUAAAUCAGCACCAGCCACCGGUCACAGCUCAACGAACAGAGUGAAUAAAAAACAAAUUAACCCCUCUCCUCUCGAGCUCUCGCCUGCCACUUGGGCAUGGAGAAUCAAAGAUACACAGUAACGUGAGACCCAUCUUAUUUACUGGUUGGUAAAGAUACACUGUGAAAUUUUGAACAACUGUUAUUUGCUUUUAUUGAGUCUCACCUUACUUACUUGUAAGUAUUAAUAUAUUGCUGGUGCCUUAAGGACUCCGAACAUACCUGCUCGUGAGUUUCUUUUUUUGUUUGAAAAACUUCUCGUGGGAUUCAGAACUGGGGAUUAGCAGACCAGCGCCAGGGGGUUGACAUGCCCGCAGGCUCUGCUCCCGCUCUGCUCCCGGCAGAGAGGUUGGGCCAAAUAGAUUUUCUGCUGGUCAAAUAGAUUCUCUGCUCCAUUCUGCUCCAUUUAUUUCCACACUCAAAGCCCUUCAGUCUUCAGAGCUGACAUGAUCCAGGCUCUGAAAAACUGUUCUGCCUUUCCCGGACAUGCCGCCAGGCUCCACCCUGUCGCCGUGUCACGGGCCUCCUCCAGUCCUCCUUUGCCAUUUUAGGAAGGAGUCCCAGGGCGCCACCACCGUCUAAAAACAUAUUAACACCGGAUCUAGCUACCGCAUCAAUGCCGUGUCCACCACUGUCGGACCCUGCCUGAUCCCUGAACGUCUUUGAUGACUCUUCUGAUUCUCGUCACAUGCCAGGUCGUGCCACGGUGUUGUGAUGUGAUGCUCCGGACUGACCGUUCGUCUUCGCUGCUGCGGCG